GGGAGGCAAAAAAACAGACGAGCCGCAAACACACAUCCGCGACCGCCGCGUCCCCUUUCUUCGCGUCCCCGCGUCCUCCUCGGAUCCACGUCCACGGCCACCGAGACACCGCCGCCAUGGGGUGUUUCUUCUCCAAGAAGUCCAAGCGGAAGUCCUCCGGGAGGGACGAGCGGACGACGACGACGACGACGACCGUCGACACCGCGGCGACGGGCAACGCGGUUUCCCUUGGCAACAGCGGCGGGGAGGAGCCGCGGCAGUACAGCUGGGACAAGAGGGAGAAGGUGGACCCUAAAGACUACAUGCUGACGGGGCUCAAGGACGUGACGGUGGGCCGCCUGCCCGGGACGCUCAACGGCCAGCAGUUCGUCAUCCAGGAGUGCGAGAACUGCGACAUCUACGUGUUCGACCACUCGGCCGCCGUCACCAUCGACGACUGCGUCAACUGCCGCGUGGUCCUCGGGCCCGCCAAGGGCAGCGUCUUCUUCCGCGACUGCCGGGACGUCAGGUGCGUGGUGGCCUGCCAGCAGUUCCGCACGCGGGACUGCAAGAGGAUGGAGGUGUUCCUGUGCUGCGCCACGCAGCCCAUCAUCGAGUCGUCCACGGGGAUGAGGUUCGCCUGCUUCCAGUACUUCUACCCGGAGCUGGCCUUCCACUUCAAGGACGCCGGGCUGAGCGUCUUCAACAACAACUGGAGCAACGUGCACGACUUCACGCCGGUGUCCGGGGAGACCAACUGGAGCCUGCUGCCGGAGGCCUCGGCCGUCCUGGAGUCGGUGCCGCCGCCGGGCGCCGAGUCCGAGUUCAAGUCGGUCCGGAUCUCCGCGGACACCGAACGCAGCAUCGUGCCUUUGACGAAGGGCGGUCGGCGGAAGGCCAGCGAGGAGUCCUGCCUCUUCGUCUUCUUCGCCGGAGACUACAGCACCGCGAACGCCCGCAAGCUGAUCGACGAGGCCUCCGCCAAAGGCUUCGUGCUCAUCCAGACGAAGGAGGUGUCCAUGCGGCCCGACGACGUCAAGAGGGUGUUUCAGAACAGCGCCGAGGACCUGGUGGAGUGUGUCACUAACGGGCCGGUCAUCGCCCUGGAGCUCAGCGGGGACGGCGUGGUGGAGGCCUGCAGGAGCAUCGCCGACGAGGUGUUCAGCGGCACCAAGGUCUUCGUCUCCGAUAACAAAAACACGUCCUCCAGAGACGUCGACGGCUUCUUCAACUUCGCCGACAUGCAGAUGGGCUUGUGAGCCAGCCGAGUGGCCCGAACGACCAGGCGCCCCUGAACGCCUCGCGUGAGCAGCCUGUUUUUAAUCCUCAAAGAAAAUUUAGAGACAAAGUGACACGUUUUACGCUCUGGUUUGAGUCUGCAGAUCAAAGUCCCUCCCAAAACAUCAGCUGCGAGCAUCUUACCAUCCAGAGUGCUGUUAAACGGAUGUUUCUACCAAUGUAACUGUUGCUUUUAUCGAUUUGUGAAUGUAGCCCUCUGCUGUCGUUGUAAUUCAUUUUUAAUUUAAAGCUUUGUUUUUAUUGACUGAAAACCGCUGACGCAGCGGAAAAAACACAAGUACACAAAUGUUUUUCUUUCCUACAAAGUGUGUGCGCGCGCGUGUGUGUGUGUGUGUGUGUGUGUGUGCGUGCGUUUACGUUCAUACACGUGAACACUCGUAGUGUUUUUUUGUUUUGUUUUUGUGACUUAGCCAAUUCCUGUGAUGGUGAUUAUUUUUGUAACGUGUGUUUUAUACUCGGCUGGAUGUGUUUUUGUACAUGCACACAUGUUCCUUGUCACCUCUCUGUAGUUAAAGCUCCGAUGUUCCCACCAUGCUGUCAUUGAGCCGACGUGAAGGAGCCACAGACCUGAGCCCAAAAUGUCCUUCUGGCCCCAAACCAGCGGCUCAAACCUGUUAAAGUCUUAAAGAGAUGGGAUGAUGUGUUUCCAUGACGCUGGUCUCCACGGUAGCGGUGUGUUACUACGGGAGACGCAGCGAAGGGAAGUUCUGCUGCGGACUUAACUUACACAACUCCCAUAAUCUAUUUCAGUUUGAUCAAACGUCAUAUUGAGAAUAGUUUCACCUCUUUACCUUCCUGACGGGAAAGUGGAGCUUUCGUCUUUGUUUCUCCACAAAGACUCCAGACUGCUCUGCUGCAGACUCUUUGUUUGUCUUAUUGUGUGACUUUGGUGUUUUUGGAGGCUUUUUAAACCUCGCACAGUCGCACAAACUGUCAAACGAAGGCGGCAGUGGAGCAGCUGCAGAGGUAAAAUAACGCCAGGAAGGAAAGAAACACAAACCAUCCCUAGAAGAGCAACAGUUGAGCUGCUGUUAGACAUUUAGAGGAGGAGCUGGUAAAACGUAAGUCAGAUAGUUGUUCUCAUUUGUACGUGACUUUAUUAUCAGAGCUUAAAAAACACCAGCAUGCUUCCGUAGGUUUGGUGAAUCAUAGUUAGAAGCUUUUUGGAUUGCAUCGAUCCGACCAAUAGGAAACCAAAUGAGACGAUGGGACUUCAUCCAACACGUGGCAGUUUUAAUCAAAGCUGAUGAUUCAAAGCUUUUUGGUUCUGUUCACUUGCCUUUUAAGAGAAACAAACAGAUGUACUUUUGUACUUGUGAACCUUUUGUACUCGAGCACGCUUUGUUUUUGUAGAGAACACCGUGUGUUUGUACAUUAAAAGCUGGAGGACACCUGAAAACGCUUUUAUUCUUUUUCAUCAAUAUCAGAUACUGUGUCAGUUAAUGAUACGAAUCAGAGAGAAGAAAAGAGCAAAGAGAGGAGACGUUUAAUCGACUUCCUCAAUGAGAUGUGAUCUGUAAAUUAUAUAUUUCAUAGUUUAAACUCAAUGUUUUUAACAAUAUGAACAUUAGCAUCGCUUUAUUCCUCAGUUAUUUCAGCACUCUUCUUACUGUUUUAUUAAUAUAAUUAUGUAUUUCCUUUGCGUUGAGGCUAAUAGUCCCAUUCUCUAACUUAGAUGAAGCAGCAGUGCAUCAUGCAAGCAAUUAAAGACGACUUUUCCAGACUUCCUGAAUUUUUAU